CAUCCACGAUUCUCUGCUUUGUAAAUCCAUCAUCUACCUUGACUGUUCCAAAAUUUUCAAGACGACACAUUUUUGACUUCGACUGAAAGCUUUGCAAAGUUCCUUCUAGCUGUACUUACCACCUUGAGCGACGUUCUAAGCGCUCCCGCAUUUCUUUAGUCUGCACCAGGAGUGGUAGACACGAGUUAAUACUGCUAGAAAGUCUUGCUCGGAGGCAAGACUUUCACCUAUAAUCCUUCACAAUUCCUUCAGAACUACCUGUUCGUGACGCUGCGAAGCUGGCAAAGCGUAGAGCGUCCUGCGACCAAGCAGCAACUCCGCCGGAGAAGAAGAUCAUGACGGACUCCAAUAUGCAGCUUGAUAACCCCCAGGAAACGGUGGAGAAGAUCAAACAGGGAGACAUCGAUGAGUCUCUGUACAGUCGUCAACUGUACGUCCUCGGCCACGAGGCUAUGAAGCGUAUGGGCUCUUCGAAUGUUCUUGUUGUUGGUCUGAAGGGUCUUGGUGUGGAGAUUGCCAAGAACAUUGCCCUUGCCGGUGUGAAAUCCCUCACGCUAUACGAUCCUGCCCCAGUCGUUAUCUCCGACCUAUCCUCACAGUUCUUCCUUCAACCACAAGAGGUCGGGAAACCAAGGGCCGAGGUAACAGCUCCGAGGGUCGCAGAGCUGAACUCGUACGUGCCUGUUACUGUUCAUAAGGGUAGCAACUUGGUGGAUGAUCUCGAGCAACUGAAACAGUAUCAGGCAGUGGUUCUCACUACGACCCCUCUGAAGGAACAGCUUGCUAUCGCUGACUUCUGCCACAAGAACGGCAUCUAUAUCACCAUCACCGACACAUUUGGCCUGUUUGGAUACAUCUUCAAUGAUUUUGGGAAGAACUUCACCGUUGGAGAUGCUACGGGCGAAGAGCCAGUCAGCGGUAUCGUUGCCGACAUUGACGAAGAUGGCUUGGUUUCUGCAUUGGACGAGACUCGCCAUGGCCUCGAAGACGGGGAUUACGUGACAUUUACUGAAGUCAAGGGUAUGGAAGGGCUGAACAAUUGCGACCCACGGAAAAUCACUGUCAAGGGUCCUUAUACAUUCUCAAUUGGGGACGUCUCGGGCCUAGGCACGUAUCAAGGCGGUGGUAUCUUCACGCAGGUUAAGAUGCCUAAGUUCGUCGACUUCGAGCCAUUCAGCGAGCAACUCAAGAAGCCUGAGGUCAUGGUCUCUGACUUUGCCAAGUUCGACCGGCCACAGCAGCUACACAUCGGAGUUCAAGCGCUCCACAAAUUCGCCGAAGCUCAUGAUGGUCAAUUCCCUCGGCCUCACAAUGACAGUGAUGCCCAGGAAGUGAUUAAGAUUGCGAAUGAACUUGCAUCAAGCCAAGAAGAGAAGGUGGAAUUGGACGAGAAAAUUAUUAGAGAGCUGAGCUACCAGGCUCGCGGAGAUCUCAACCCUUUGGCCGCUUUCUUUGGAGGUGUUGCAGCUCAGGAAGUUCUGAAAGCCGUCUCCGGAAAGUUCAAUCCCAUUCAUCAAUGGCUCUACCUUGACUCCUUGGAGUCGCUGCCGACAUCUGUCACCCGUUCCGAAGAGAGCUGUAAGCCACUUGGCACUCGCUACGACGGGCAAAUUGCUGUCUUCGGCAAGGAAUUUCAAGACAAGAUCGCCAAUCUCACUCAAUUCCUUGUUGGUGCGGGAGCUAUUGGGUGUGAGACUUUGAAGAACUGGGCCAUGAUGGGCCUUGGAACUGGUCCCAAGGGCAAGAUCUUCGUCACCGACAUGGAUCAGAUCGAAAGGAGCAACCUCAACAGACAAUUCCUGUUCCGCUCUAAAGACGUUGGGAAGCUCAAGAGUGACUGCGCUUCUGCUGCGGCACAGGCGAUGAACCCCGACCUUAACGGUAAAAUCGUGACACUUCGAGACCGAGUAGGACCCGACACCGAACACAUUUUCAACGAAGAAUUUUGGGAAGCUCUGGAUGGCGUGACCAACGCCCUGGACAACGUUGACGCAAGAACUUAUGUUGAUCGUCGCUGUGUUUUCUUCCGCAAACCUCUUCUUGAAAGCGGUACCCUUGGUACGAAGGGCAACACUCAGGUCAUUCUGCCCCAUAUCACCGAAUCCUACUCGAGCUCUCAGGAUCCCCCAGAAAAGUCGUUCCCGAUGUGCACAUUGAAGAGCUUCCCCAACAGAAUUGAACACACAAUUGCCUGGGCACGGGAUCUCUUCCAGACCUUCUUUGUCGGGCCCCCUGAGGCUGUGAACCUGUAUCUGUCCCAGCCGAAUUACAUCGAGCAGACGCUCAAGCAGGCUGGAAAUGAGAAGCAAACUUUGGAGCACCUCCGGGACUUUUUGGUAACCAACAAGCCAGCUUCCUUUGAUGAUUGCAUUGUCUGGGCUCGCCAGCAGUUUGAGGCCCAGUACAACAAUGCAAUUCAGCAACUUCUCUACAACUUCCCCCGGGACUCCAAGACCUCUUCCGGUCAACCUUUCUGGUCUGGGCCGAAGCGAGCCCCAACGCCCCUCAAGUUCGAUAGCUCGAACCCAACUCACCUAGCCUUCAUCGUUGCCGGCGCAAAUCUCCACGCCUUUAACUAUGGAAUCAAGAACCCCGGGGUAGACAAAGAGUACUACAGAAAGGUUGUGGACAACAUGAUCAUUCCUGAAUUUACACCAAGUUCCGGCGUCAAGAUUCAGGCCGAUGAGAAUGAGCCCGACCCGAAUGCUCAGCAGUCUUCGUCCCUUGAUGACAGUCAAGAGACUCAGCGCCUCGUUGAGUCGCUGCCUUCUCCCGAAUCCCUCUCCGGAUUCCGCUUGAACCCCGUUGAAUUUGAGAAGGAUGACGAUACAAACUACCACAUCGACUUCAUCACCGCCGCUAGCAACCUCCGCGCGGACAACUAUGAUAUUCCCCAGGCCGACCGCCACAAAACCAAGUUUAUUGCCGGUAAGAUCAUUCCGGCCAUUGCCACAACUACCGCAUUGGUGACAGGCUUGGUUGCUCUGGAGCUGUACAAGAUCAUCGAUGGCAAGGAUGAUAUUGAGCAAUACAAGAACGGCUUCGUGAACCUCGCUCUCCCGUUCUUUGGCUUCAGUGAGCCCAUAGCCAGUCCAAAGGGCACGUAUAUGGGCAAGCAAGGUGAGGUGACCAUUGAUCGACUUUGGGACCGUUUCGAACUCGACGACAUUCCUCUACAAGACUUCCUCAAGCAUUUCUCAGACCUGGGCUUGGAGAUUAGCAUGGUCAGCUCCGGCGUCAGUCUGCUGUAUGCCAGUUUUUACGCCCCAUCUAAGCUCAAAGACCGACUUCCUUUGAAGAUGAGCAAGCUCGUGGAGCAUAUUAGCAAGAAGCCUAUCCCGGAUCACCAGAAGAACGUCAUUUUUGAGGUGACUGCAGAGGAUCAAAACGAGGAGGAUGUUGAAAUUCCCUACGUUAUGCACUCAGUAAGCAAAAACGUCAUUGUCCCCCGCACCCCAAUUCAGUGGUCCAUCAAGAUAGCAACCCAUUAUCUAUUAAAGGCGUCAUUUCCUCUCUUUUUCCCCGGAAGCUCCAAUAUCCUCAGACAACCUAUCUUUCCAAUCCGCAACAUGGCCACAGGCAUUACAGGUAAAAUUACCGAUUGGGUGGACCCCAAAGACAAGUCCGGCGAAUUCAAGCGGCAGCAAUCGGUUUUCCGCAACUUCAUCUCCAGGCAGCCUGGCGCUCAAUUUCCUCCGGAGAAAGAUCGCUAUCAUCUUUAUGUCUCAUAUGCCUGUCCUUGGGCACACCGGACAUUGAUCACCCGGAAGCUCAAGGGUCUUGAGGAUAUCAUCUCGUUUACAUCCGUCCACUGGCAUUUGGGCGAAAAUGGCUGGCGCUUUGCAAAAGCCGACGAAGAGGUUGCAGGAGAGAACGUCACCCCAGACCCGUUGCAUCCUGAUUUCACGCAUCUGCGUGCCAUAUACUUCUCCAAUGAUCCCAGUUAUACUGGCAGAUUCACCGUCCCAGUGCUAUUCGAUAAAAAGACGCAACGGAUCGUGAGCAAUGAGAGCGCUGAGAUCAUUCGCAUGUUCUACUACGAAUUCGAUGAUCUCCUUCCCGAAAAAUACAGGAAGGUAGACCUGUAUCCUCCCGCUCUCCGAAGCGAGAUCGACGCCACCAACGACUGGAUCUACAACGACGUCAACAACGGGGUCUACAAGUCUGGUUUCGCGACGACCCAAGAAGCCUACGAGAAGGCUGUGACAACCCUCUUCACCUCCCUCGACAGGAUCGAAGCCCAUCUCUCAAAAGACGCCAACUCCCCGUACUUCUUCGGCUCAUCCAUCACCGAGGUCGAUAUCCGACUUUUCACGACCAUCAUCCGCUUUGACCCUGUCUACGUGCAGCAUUUCAAGUGCAACAUCCGUGAUAUUCGCUCCGGCUACCCAGCCAUUCAUCGCUGGGUGCGUCACCUUUACUGGGAUGUUCCCGCAUUCCGGGAGACGACGGAUUUUGAGCACAUUAAGAAACACUAUACAAAGAGUCAUAAGCAGAUCAAUCAGUUCGCUAUUACUCCUGUCGGGCCGGUCCCAGAUAUUCUUCCUAAAGACGAAGAAGUGAGAGCCGUUGCUGCACGACAGUAAAUGAAGGAUCUAUUACUGUAUUUGAUGGACAAUCUUAUGGGAAUACGUGCCACAGCAUACUCCAAAUUGGAUAGAAUAAUUCAAGUCUGUUUGACAGAUAAUCUAUUUCUGUUGUUAUCUGAGUCAGAGCCGACGCUGUGGAGCGUGAACUGUAGAUACAUUGUUCCAGAUUU